CUUAACAAAGUAAUCGAUCCUUUGUCAACACUGAGGGGUGCAUCAUGAUUGGCGAUCGGUUUCAGCUUGUAGAAAGCUUGCGAAUGCCAGUCUUGGUGGAGUGGACUGGCCGAACCAUGGUCUUCCAACCUUUUGGUUUCGACCAUCAAAUCCACCUUUGACCGUCUUCGUCCGUCAACUAUGCUGCUUGCCCUCUCCAGCCUUCUAAGCACUCUACUCCUCGCUGUCAGUACUUUGACCUCCGCUGUAGCAGCAGCACUAGUCCAUGUCAUCGAAACAUCCGAUCAUCAAGCGGUCCCACAUCGACCUUCCAUCCCUGAGGCUCUUCUCAUACCGCCUGCCCCUCCUCUACGCGACACAGAAAUAUACUCUCCUGAACUCGUCCGGUAUCUUGAGCACAUGCCUGACAAGGAUCUGAUCCUCCUGCAAGAGCUUCUCCAGAUCUUACAUCAAGCUUGGAAAAGUCAAAUGGAUUUGCUCGCCUGGUACAACAUCGCCCUUGAGCCAACUGGUGGUGAGAAUAGCCGUCAGUCUUUCAGGCAAGCGCAAGCCGCUUCCACUGGGACCGCCGAUGGUGACGAGAAAUCCCCUUCAGACCAUGACCGGCGAUCCUUCCGCUGGAUGCAUCCUGCUGAGAGGAAACGAUGGACAGAGGAUUGCCGAUGGCUGAUAGACGUGUCUUCAAGUGAGUACAGGACAUCAUUUUGUUACGCCAUUGGCUUGACUGACCUUUUCUGUCAGAAUUGACAGAGGCAUACGGGCUCGCGGUCAACCCAUUAGCGGUUUUCCCAGGUUCAGAUAGUGACAUAUGCAGGAUUCUCG